AUGAGUAUUACCAUUGUCAUUAUCAUUAUUGUUAUUACUAUUGAUCUUACUUUUAGUACUGCUAUUGCGGAGGCCCUGAGGAAGCACUACGAUCUUCGUUUUGUCACCUCUUCGCUGGAAAAGAAAGCGGAGGCCGCAAUCAAGGCCCGGCUCGAGAACGACUCGCCCCACCCUCCGCGUGGACCGACUGGAGCGGACCGCGGAUCCGGGCCGGGGACCCAGCGGAGGCGCCCGAUACUGCCGUCCAUGGCCUACGAGAUAGCGGCGUCGGCCGCGUCCUACGUCCACUCCCACGCCCAGGGCCUCCUGUCCCUCGGCGGGGAACCCGAGCCCACCGACGGCGGGGAGGCACUCGUCGAAGGGCCGGAGGAGGCGCAGUCGCCGAAGGGGACUUCCGAAUACGACACACUCGGCGAAGGGCCGGCGAAGGCGCAGUCGCCGAAGGAGAGUCCCGGUCGGGUAUACAAGUCCAAUGUGGCCGCGUAUGUGGCCACGUCGACGAUGACGGCAGUGGUGGCGGCGGAGGAGGAGGCGCGGCAUGAGGCGGCGAAGGAUCUCCAGUCGCUUCAUUCCUCGCCGUGCGAGUGGUUUGUAUGCGACGACCCCGGCACCGGCACUCGCUGCUUCGUCAUCCAGGGAUCCGAUUCGCUGGCUUCGUGGCAAGCCAACCUGUUCUUCGAACCCACCAAAUUUGAGGGGAUGGAGGUCCUGGUACAUCGAGGGAUAUAUGAAGCAGCGAAGGGAAUAUACGAGCAGUUCAUGCCGGAGAUCGAGGACCACCUGAAGCGUUGCGGGGAGAGGGCGAAGCUUCGAUUCACGGGGCAUUCGCUUGGAGGGAGCCUCUCUCUCCUCGUCCACCUCAUGCUCUUGGCUCGGGGCGCCGUCAAGCCGUCCACUCUCCUCCCCGUGGUGACCUUCGGCUCCCCGUCCGUGUUCUGCGGGGGAAAGCGGGUGUUGGAAGCGCUGGGGCUGGAGGAGGGGCAGGUGCUCUCGGUAAUGAUGCACCGGGACAUCGUGCCCCGGGCCUUUUCUUGUGGCUACCCAAACCACGUGGCCCAUGUCCUGAAGCGCCUCAACAGAGCUUUCCGCUCUCACCCUUGUCUCAAUAACGAGAAAGUCCUAUAUUCACCACUGGGCCAGACGUACAUCCUCCAACCCGACGCCAAAAACUCUCCUCCCCACCCUUUCCUCCCCCCAGGAGCAGCUCUCUACACCCUGGACGGAAGGAACACGGCCGGGGGCGCAUCGAAAGCGACGGUGGCCGGUGCCCUGAGAGCCUUCCUCAACUCGCCACACCCACUGGAGACGCUGAGCGACCCAACGGCCUACGGUUCCGACGGCACCAUCCUCCGCGACCACGACUCCUGCAACUACCUCAAGGCCAUCAAUGGCCUGGUCCGGCAGAACACCAAGUCAGUGGUCCGGCGGACGCGGCGGCGGCGUUUCAACCACUUGUGGCCCCUCACUACCACCACCACAAACAGGCUGACAGGUGACCCUUGGGGAGCCCACCAUGAUCGAAUGGAGAAGCCCGGGCUGGUCUCCAGAGAGGUGGUCGCCGGUAGGGCCUGAGGACUAGACGGGCUCUCCUGUGAAAUUUGGGUACCCUAGUUUGUACAUUGAGCUGUCUUUUUAUUUUUCUUUUGUCCUGUUCUAUCUUAACAAUGUACAGUAUAUACGAGCGCUGAAAAUUCAGAAUCUUGUCAGAGCUAUAAGGAGCCUUAUCUGGUUUUGGUUGGGUCUAGAUAGAUUGGUUGGGUCAAAUUAGAUUUGUCGCAUCUCUAAACUUGAUCCUGUUCUUGGUUGAGUCU